AUGAACUCUCCAGAUAUCGAAAAGACCCAAGGCUCGCCUUCACUGGAUACCUCCACACAUUUUGAGCUUGACAAGAGCACAUCCGCUAGCUCUUCCGAUGCCACGAGUCUCGCCAAACUCAGCCCAAUAACAGCAGCACCCAAGUCGAAGUGGCAACGAUGUAUCGCCAAGUUGACAAAAGUAGAGAAAAGCGACAUUGGACCCGUUCCUCUUGAAGAGCGUGAGAUAAUCACACCGUCAACCACAUUACAUAUGCUUCUGAUGUGGUUCAGUAUGACUUUGGCCACGAAUAAUAUCAUUGUUGGAUCAAUGGGUACGGUGGUCCUGGGACUCAGCUUCAAGGAUGCGGCUUUUUGCGGUGUUUUUGGAUGUCUGGUUGGUGCUUCCAUAGUUGGUUAUAUGAGUACAUGGGGGCCGAGAAGUGGAAACCGAACUUUGAUUGCGGCUCGCUAUUUUAUGGGUUAUUACCCCAGUAAAGUUUGCUGUAUCCUAAACAUUUUCACCAAUAUUGGAUACAGCAUGGUGAACAGUGUUGUCGGUGGCCAGAUUCUUUCCGUAGUCUCUGGUGGCCAUCUCUCGGUGAUGGUUGGGGUUGUCGUUGUUGCUGUGGCCAGUUUGGUCAUGGCUUUGUUCGGCAUGAAGAUCUUCCAGCUGUACGAGCGAGUCGCCUGGCUACCCCAGUUGUUGGUGAUCUGUGUCAUGGUGGGUUCAGCAGGACCUCAUUUCAACUUCGACGGCCAUACAGCCGGGACAACGGCGCAAGUCAACGCGAAGCGCCUAACUUUCUUCUCUUUGGCGCUGUCUAUUGGUCUCGCCUGGGCCCCGCUCGCCGCCGACUACUAUGUGUACUAUCCCCCACACAUCAAGAGUUGGCGGACCUUCCUGGUGACUGUGUUUGGCGCUGUCCAAGCCAUGUCAAUCUCCCUUCUUAUGGGCAUUGGACUCGGAAGCAUCAUUGCCAGCUCGACAUAUUAUGCUACCAAGUAUGGGAAUACCCCGGGAGGUGUGUUGAUGACAGCGUACGACUCGCUGGGUGGGUUCGGAAAAUUCUGUGCCGUUAUCAAUGUUCUCUCGCUAGUUGCCAAUAACACCCCCGGUGCAUACUCGAUGGGCAUGAACUUACAGAUGCUCGGGGGUAUUUUUGGUAAAGUUCCGCGGCCAAUUUCCACCACUAUUGCUACCGUGAUCUACGCUGCAUGCGCGAUGGGAGGUCGGGACUCGCUGUAUGAGGUCUUCAAGGGCUUCCUGCCACUCAUCGGAUACUGGGUCAUGAUCUUUGUCGUGAUCGUGUUGGAAGAAGACUUUAUCUUCCGCCGGACGACAGGAUACGACUGGUCCGCUUGGAAUUGUCGACACAAGCUACCCAUGGGGAUUGCAGCAGCAGUUUCUUUCCUCAUUGGCUGGGCUGGUGCGAUUGUCGGCAUGUCCCAAACGUAUUAUACUGGCCCUAUUGCUCAUAUGACCGGCGGGGCUGAUCUAGGUCUCUGGCUUGCCGCUGGCUUCACGGCAGUGUCCUUCCCGCCCCUGCGAGCAACGGAGGUGCGCUUCAUCGGCCGUUAA